AUGGGAAACUUUAAUACCACUCCAAUAAAUAGAACAUUAUCACCAAAUGGUAACAAUGUAAAUAUUCAAUCGAGUACUUCUACAAAUCCAAAUAAUAAUAUUAUUUCAUCAUUACAAUCAAAUUUAGCUACUGGAGAGGAAUUAUCAAUAACUGAGGUUGAAAAUGUUUCACAGGAUCCGGUGUCAAAUUCUAUUGAAAUUGCCACAAUCAAUGCAAAUUCAAUUGCCUAUCAAAAAAAAAUUUUUAAAAAUAAUAGUUUUGAAAGGAAAAAUAAAUUUCAAGCUCAGAAGACAAUAUUACAUAGAAUGAUUUUUUUCGGGUAUUUUUUACUAACAAAGACAUUUUUUUUAAUUUCUUUUUUUGAAAUUAUUUUUAUUAUUAUUACCUUAAUAUGGACAAUUAUUGUUAUUUCAUAUGGAGAGGAAAAAUAUGAUUCAUAUAAUAAAGAUUUGAGACAAAUUAUUCCAUAUCUAUAUUAUUAUCCAAUAACAUUUUUAAUGAUUUUUUGGAUAAUUUUAAUAUCAGUUUCAAUGAUUGGAGCUAAAUAUUUAGUACCAUAUCUAUUUUUACCAAACAUUAUUGCCUCAAUAAUUGUAUCAUUGUCAUAUCUUGCAAUUUUAAUUAAUGGUCAUUUUUCAUGGCCAAUAGGAGUUGUAUUAUUAUUAUCAUUAUUUUUAUUUAUCAUUUCAUCAUAUUUUUUGCUAAUUAAAUGUGUUUGUUUUGCCGAUACAUUAAGAAAACGAAAGACUGUACAGGUAACUGAUGCAAUAAUUAAUAUUAUAAGAAAAAAUAACAAUUUUGAUGAUAAAGAAAAAGAUUAUGAUUCUAUAUCUGAAACAUUUAGCACAAAAAGUACUGUUAUUGUAUCUGAUGAAUUUCUCAAAAUUCCCAAUAAAUUAUAA